CGGAUCAAGUAAAGGAUGUUUAGAAUGAUAAAAAAGAAUGAAGAUACGGUAACGGAAGUGACGAUUCAACAACAGUUUCAUGAGGAUUGAAGCCGAGCUCCGAAUAAGGGGUCCGAAAGGGUCGAACGCUAUUGGUGAAAGGGGUCCGUAUGUACUGCAAUCGUCGUACCCCCGCCUCAUCUUAGGUACCCAGGGGCCUGGGCAGGGCACUGCUAUAAAAGCAUACCGCGUUGCCCCUCGGAAACGUAGUAUUUUCCCGCGUACCGCACAAGAAAAACCGUCGACCACCAUGAAACUCCUCAUCGUUCUUUUCGCCGUAGUGGUGGCCGUUAGUGCUUACCCCGGACAUCCAUGGGCUGCACCGAUCCAUGCUCCUGCCGUUCAUCACGUGAUCAACGUACCUCAACCGGCACCUAUUCCUCCAGUUCAUCCUCAGCCUCUCAACAUCAAGGUACCCCAUUCUCAAUCAGUGAGAAUACCAUACCACGGAGUACACAUCGGUCAGCCUCAUUUGGUUGGAGUUGAGCAAUACGUUCCGGAACCCGAGGUUAAAGUCGUUGCUAAGCCGGUGGCUCAUCAUCCCUGGUAGACGAAGAUCUUUCGAAGCGUCCCACCUACGAAUCAGCUGGUCCAGGGUGGCCCAUACAGGCUCGGCCCUUUCGAGGGAAUCGUUAAGAAUACCAUCGGAAGACAAGAUCCGUUAUUCUUCUUCUUCUUCCUCUUCUUCUCCUUCUUAUUUUCCUUCUUCCAACGAAAAGGAAAGAAGAUUCUUCAAUCUCGAAACAGUAUUAUAUUUGUCCGAAGAGAAUCCUGAUGAUCGUGACUGGACAAGGUUUGGAUCAUAAAGGAUAAAACGACACCCUCAGGAUCGAGCUUAGUUUUAGGACCACCCAAGGACCUCAGACCAGGCAAUCAUGCUUAAAAAAAUGUCCACUCUCGCAUAACGUACACGCAUUAGACACAUUUACCCAGACACAUUUUUAAAAACACAUAUGAUCGACACUUAUACAUACAAACCACUCACACAGGCGCAGUAAUUUUAAAAAUCCACGAUUUUCCUCAAAUCCCUUUUCAAGAGAACCCCAUUCUCUCUUUCCUGUCCCAACUUUUUUUUUUUAACUAUCUUUCUUUAUCAGCACCUCGAAAUUUCGUGCGGCAUGUGAUAUUGAAGAAGACAUCACAAUUACAUUCGAUUACGCCAUUGUAUAUUUCUCUAUCCCUGUUAUCCACACCACCUCCAAACCCCCGAAACUCCAACCCCCCGACACCCACCGUUCUUCUUAUCUCCCGAUUUUCAUUUUUUCUUUGCAGCAACACUUUUAUUUAUUUUCUAAUAAAAGUUAAUUUUUAUGUCUUGUG